CUUUCUUUUCCCAUCUUCAGUAUAUUCAUCUUCCCAUCCAAGAACCUUUAUUUCCCCUAAACAUCACAAUGGCUCCCAAGGUCGGAAUCAACGGCUUCGGUCGUAUUGGACGCAUCGUUUUCCGUAACGCCAUCGAGGCGGGUACCGUCGAUGUUGUUGCCGUCAACGACCCUUUCAUCGAGACCCACUACGCUGCCUACAUGCUCAAGUAUGACUCACAGCACGGUCAGUUCAAGGGCACCAUUGAGACCUACGACGAGGGUCUUAUUGUCAACGGCAAGAAGAUCCGCUUCCACACCGAGCGUGACCCCGCCAACAUCCCCUGGGGCCAGGACGGUGCUGAAUACAUUGUCGAGUCCACCGGUGUCUUCACUACCCAGGAGAAGGCUAGCGCUCACCUGAAGGGUGGUGCCAAGAAGGUUGUCAUCUCUGCCCCAUCUGCUGAUGCCCCUAUGUUCGUCAUGGGUGUCAACAACGAGACCUACAAGAAGGACAUUCAGGUCCUCUCCAACGCUUCUUGCACCACCAACUGCCUUGCCCCUCUCGCCAAGGUCAUCAACGACAACUUCGGUAUCAUCGAGGGUCUGAUGACCACCGUCCACUCCUACACUGCUACCCAGAAGGUCGUCGACGGCCCCUCGGCCAAGGACUGGCGUGGUGGCCGUACCGCUGCUACCAACAUCAUCCCCUCCUCCACUGGUGCUGCCAAGGCUGUCGGCAAGGUCAUUCCUUCGCUCAAUGGCAAGCUCACCGGCAUGGCGAUGCGUGUUCCCACCUCCAACGUCUCCGUUGUUGACCUGACCGUCCGCACCGAGAAGGCUGUUACCUACGACCAGAUCAAGGAUGCCGUCAAGAAGGCUUCUGAGAACGAGCUCAAGGGCAUCCUUGGCUACACCGAGGACGACAUCGUCUCUACCGACCUCAACGGUGACACCCGCUCUUCCAUCUUCGAUGCUAAGGCGGGUAUUGCCCUCAACUCCAACUUCAUCAAGCUCGUUUCCUGGUACGACAACGAGUGGGGUUACUCCCGCCGUGUUGUUGACCUCAUCACCUACAUCUCCAAGGUUGAUGCCCAAUAGGAAACAGGUCGGAAGCCAAUGGCCAGGAGCUCCUUGUAAAAAAAUACUCCUUGGUCUAUUAAGUUGCCCAUUCUUUAGCAGGAGUGUGCAGACUAUGUCCGUAUCCACAUGCCGCAACUGCAGAUUCAUAGGAGCUGUUGGGGAUAUUGGCAUAGGAUCCCAUUGUUACGUACUAUUUAAUGACAAAUACACGAUCAAUUUCACCACUAUUGUUCACUUC